CGUCCGAGGUGUCCCCGGCCGUUGUCCCGUGUCCGAGUGUCCGUUCCGUGUCCGCUCGUCGCCGCAACCCUCCAGUGCCCAAGUGUUUCGGCCUCAUCUACGCCGCUGCUUCGAGCAUGAUCCCGUCUUCGGAGCCUCGACCGUCCAGCAUCUCGCCGUCCCAGCGCUGCCCCCUGAUUUCGGAAUAAAUAUCGGAAACAACGAGAAAAGAGCAAAGGUUUUCAUGGAGUCGGAAUCCAAGAGACGGAAACAGAAGUGUCAUCCGCAGAGAUCAAUGCCGGCCUGGUGCUUAAUUUACCUGAAAUUUGUCAUAGUCAUCGCAGGUGAAAACGUGUGGUCUUUAGCAGAAUCAAUUUCAAAAGGAAAUGCCACUUCAGUUCGAAGUCCCAACCCAUCCUCGGACCAGGCGUCAAUCAAAGAGCCUAUAGGAUUUAGGAAAAUCCAAUUUUCAAAUAGUUCCUUCCAGAUAGUGGAGUUUUCAAUGAGAAACGUCAACUCGAUAAAUGACUUUACAGCGUGCACAUGGUUGAAACUUGAAAGUACAACAAAAAACUUAACAAUUUUUUCUUACCAUCCACGCGAUUCAAAGAAUUCUGAUGGAAUCCUAAAAUGGUGGAUUUCGGACGGUGGUACCUCAAUACAAUUUUGGCUUAAGGAUAAACUUGUGAUGAAAAAUGAAGUCAAGCUCGGAGAUGGAAAAUGGCGUCACAUUUGUCAAAAUUGGGAAGGUUCAUCCGGCCAUUGGACUCUACAUAUCUCCGGCCUCAAAUCCCUAACUGGGCAAGUAGAUGAGCAGAGCCGAAAUUGGACAUUGCCAGGGACGGGUGCCGUCCGGAUAAGUUCCGAAAACGGCGGAGAAGUUUACGGAUUCACGCUGGCGCGACAAGAUACGAAUGGAACGAGGAAAAGAGGCGCCAGACACACCGAUGGUCAAAACUCGACGAGUCCGGCCGGAGCAGAGGAUCCGGAGUCGGCGGUCGAGGCGGAAAAGCCGGAAAAGUUGCCGGAGACGGCGGAAGCGCUGUUCUGGAACCGGGGGAGCUCGCGCCAGGUGGAGACGCGCGCCUCGAGCAUCGGCCGGGUGGCCGCGUUCCUGACCCGCGUCAUCGCGUUCGCCAUCAUCCCGGCCAUGGCCAUCGUCAACGAGAUGCGCAAAAGCCGCGCCAAGAGCAACGAGGUUAAAAACCUGGAUUCGCAGGACGACGACUUGACGUUCAAGCUGAACGACCCGACGCCUGGGACGACGCGAGCCCCCGAGCAGAUCACCUCGACGACCCCGUUCAACUUCGAGGCCUUCGACAGCGACUUCGAGAAGGGGAACUUCGGGAGCGUGGACGCGGGGAACGUGAACAACGCCAAGAACACCGGGCCCAACGCCAUCGACCCGUUCUUCGCCAACGACGACGACUACUUCCGGUCGGCGGAGAACAAGCACGUGGCGCGGGCGUCGGGGGCGACGUCGACGUCGACGUCGAAUCAGACGCGGACGUCGCGGAGCUACAGCUCGCAGUGCCAGAGCAGCCGCCUGGUCCAGCACAGCCACCGAGACAACGUCACGGCCGCCUCGGCCAUGGAGGAUCUCCCGCUGCUGGGCAGCCAUUGUUGCUGGUCGGACCCCCCCUCGGAAAACGUCAUCGUGUCCUGGUUCCACACGCCCCUCCGCUCCAGUUACGCUGUCAAAUUGAUCAAUAUCUCUAAAUCCUCUUGUGGCGUCUAUUGACGGUAGGAAAUGCGCAAUGGAUUUUCCAAUAACGGGCUCAUCUUUUAUAGGCUCAUUUUACAAGCAGCGCGUGCUACUUGGCUUCCUGCGCAGACAAAGGCUUACUCUUCCUCUUCAUCAUCUUCAUCUUCAUCUUCCUUAUUUCUUAUUCUUCUUCGUCUCCUUUUUCUUUUUCAUCUUCUCCUCAUCCUCCU